AUGGCAGUUUCGCUGCACACAAGUCAUGGUGUUCUGAAGCUCGAGCUCUUUUGUGAAUCAGUUCCUCGGACCACUGAAAACUUCCUCGCACUUUGCGCGUCGGGCGCAUAUAAUGGCACACCAUUCCAUCGCAUCAUACCCGGUUUCAUGAUACAAGGAGGAGACACAUCUCAGUCCUCAAACCAACCAUCCGACAGCUCAAUCCCAAAAGGUGGUACUUCGAUCUGGGGGCAAUAUUUUGAAGAUGAGAUCAAGAUACCAGCUCUACGACACAAUACAAGAGGUAUCGUGUCCAUGGCAAAUAAAGGUCCCGGCACGAAUGGUAGCCAAUUUUUCAUCACUUUCAAAGAAGCUGGACAUCUUGAUGGCAAGAACACUGUGUUUGGCAGAGUCAUCUCUGGCGCUGAAGAUGGAGGUACACUCGACCAGAUGGAAGCAGUGGAAGUAGACAGGAAGGGUAGGCCCAAGGGCGAGAAGAUAGCCAUUGAAAGCGUGCGGAUUCAUGCCAAUCCGUUAGCUGGCUGA